AUGCUCAAGAAGAAGUAUGAUGACGAGCAUUCUGCCAUAUCGAGGUUCUUUACGAAGAGGGACAACUCACCCGUCCUGCACCUCAACGGGCUUAUUCCGCAUAUGGAUACGCAAUCCAACGAGUCCUCCAAAGUUCUUUACUUGUGUAGCAUGACCGCAAACUGGUCAUGGCUGGAUUACCUCAACCCCAAGUGGAAUACAACAAAAUUGACAGGCGUCAAUCCUCUUUGGGUGCUUGCGCAAGGAUUCUUCCAGGAGGUAAACGAAAACGGCACCACGUCGAGACACAUGGUGACCGGCAAUAAUGAAACCGCGAUGGAAAUUUUCCUCAGCAAGGCAUUUGGAGGCUACUUGACUGAAGCUCUCGCUCGAACCUCAUUUGGCGCAGAUACCCGUAUCAAGCUGAAUAAGACCGACUUCGAACUAAACUUUGUCAACUUGGACGAGCAAUACGGGUUCAGAGGCGGUACUCACAAGAUCGUUCCAAAGAAGGCACCUGAAAAUGGAACCUGGGAUGAAUGGCGCAACAAGACGCAUAUUCAUCGGAGAACUCCUAGUUCCAAGUCGUUCGAGGAAUAUAACAACAUAUUCGAAACUGCCCUACCUAUACAUAUGGUGGCAGAACGCUACGGGUACGGUACCGGUCAGAAACGCAAGACGCUGCUCUUCGCGCAGGCAAUGCUCUGUAUCUACCUCGGCGCUGUGACAACUUAUAUUGCAGCAAUUAUCAUCGGUCAUGUACUGGAGGUCUUCGAAGAGCUGUUCAUUCUUGGGCUCAAGUCGCCGCCUCCUACCGGAGAUGAACUUGUGGAUGCCGGGGCUGGCGUGACGUCUACUAAAGUGUGGGAAAAAGUUGUAAGGGCAGGAGCAGAUGACGAGCAAAACACCGUCAACAUGUACUCGACGCCAGACGAGAUCAAAACUGCCGUCGAGGCCUACCGUUCACACAUAGCAGGACACAACCGCCGCGUCAUCGAAGUAUACGUCAAAAUCGUCGUCAACGCCGUGCUGGACCCGGAGAACUGGGGAGACGUAGACCCCGCCGAGCAAAAAGUCGCCGCCUUCGACGGCAUCUUCAGCUCUGAACUCAGAGAAUACGUCUCGGUGCCAGAAGACGUGCUCACGCACUACGACAUACUGGCUUCUCUGAGCGACCUCGACGGCUGCGGCGGACCCGCCCCGAGCACCGACGAAGGCGCCGUCGCGCAGCGCGAGUCGUACUUUUCGAGCCUGGAACGGGGGCUCAAGGAGAAGUGCACGGCGGAGUUUCGGGAUACUAUCACGGUGCCCCCGGAGCUCCGGAUUCUCGCGGAGCACGUGCAUGCGUUGACCGGGCCCGGGAUAGGCGAAAGGAAGUCGAUGUACCAGGCGAUGUUUUGGACCGGGACGUAUUAUGACGCCGCGACGGUCAAGACGCCUGAGGAGCUUACGUGUAGUAUUGAUGCUUGUUGGGAUUGUGCUGCUGGGUGGGAGCCGGGCGCCGGCGUCGAGUGUUUCUUUUACAUUGUCUACUGUCGGAGGGAAUGUGAGAGGCACGAGUCGAGGCCGUGGGGCUGGAGGUAUAUGGCCAUGGGGCUGGAUGACAGUGAGGUCUUUGAUACGAUUCCCGAGUUGUUGGCGUGGUAUUGUCGGUAUCGUGAGAGAGAGGUGCCUGAAGUCGACGACCUGCGCGAGGAGGAUGUACUGGAAGGAUGGUCGCUGUGA